AUGUCAUCCAAGGCCUUCAUCGUCACCGGCGCGAGCCGAGGUCUGGGUCUCGCCAUUGCCCAGAUUCUAAUUCGUGCUUCUCACAAGGUCUUUCUUGUGGCCAGAUCAGAGUCGGGUCUGCAGAAGAUCAAGAGCGAGAAUCCGUCAAAUGUCGAGUAUCUGGCAGCUGACCUGGCCGACUUCAGCACAUCACCCAAGGUUAUUGAAGCAGCUGUAAAGGCAUUCGGCAAGGUUGAUGGUAUUGUUAUUAACCACGCUGUCUUGACACCACUAUCUAAGAUUGCCGAUGUCGAUAUCGAGGAAUGGAGACGCUCCUACGACAUCAAUGUUGCGAGUCCACUUGCCUUGGUCAAGGCAGCGCUUCCCGAAUUGAGAAAGACUAAAGGCUGCAUUGUAUUCGUCUCAUCGGGCGCGUCAGUGGGUGCCUACACAGCUUGGGGCGCAUACGGCACUGCCAAGGCAGCUAUCAACCACCUCUGCGCCCAUCUUGCAGUCGAGGAGCCGGCCAUCACGAGUGUGGCCAUUUCACCAGGCAAGGUUGAUACCGACAUGCAGCAGCAGAUCAGAGAGCUUGGCGGUGGCCAUAUGACAGACAAGGACCAUGCCAGCUUCAUCGAGGAACAUGCGAGUGGAAAACUACUCAAGCCGGAACAGCCCGGAACAGUAAUCGCAAACCUGGUGGCUGGCCCCCCUAAGGAAGUGAACGGCAAGCACCUGAGAUGGAAUGACGACCAGCUGAAGAGCUUCCAAGCAUAG